UUCGUUUCCUUUCUCUUCCUUUCGAAUUCCGAAUUUUCAAAUCAAUGCAGUUUAUACAACAAUAUUACCAAAUCUAGCAAGGUUUUUCGAAAAUCUCACAAAAUUAUUCAUAAAAAAACAAAGGAAAAGGAAUUGUUUUCCACAAAUCUUACAAAGUAUAAGAAAUUUUUGUGAAGAAGAACAAUGGAGAUUUUGUUAUUAUGAAUCUGAUGAGAAGGAAAAUGAAAUUUUGUCGCAAAAUCUGAUCAAAAAGGGAAAAAUACUUCGUCACAAAUCUGACGAAGGUAGAGGAAAAUUAACCCAUUUUAACGACGGCGGUCAUGGACGAGCUAGAAUUCCGACGACUUCUCGAACGUUUCCCAAUCGUCCGAUUUAGAGAUUAUCAUAUUGAUUCAGACACAUCAAAAAGAUCAACCUCUCAGUCGAUAGAGAAAGAAGAGGAAAGGCAAUGGAAAGAGGCAUGGAGUAAGGGACAUAAGCCAGAGACAGGAAUUCAAGCAAUGCAUCGUGGUGGUCCGUUUUGGGGAAAAGUUAGAGAAGCUGCUGAGAAAAAGAUCUUGAAGGAAAAUCUUUUUGCAGCAUUAAGUGUUCAAUCAGGAAUCCAAUAUGAUCCUACUGAGGAAGUGAUGAUGGCUGCACGACACAUUGCUGAUCAGAGGCAGUCUUCAAGUGGUGCAGGUCCAUCUCAUAUACCCCGCUCUUCAGACUAUGCAUCAUCAUCAAUACCAAACCGAAUGACAUGUGUUGAGGAGGAUUUGGAUCACAUACGCCAUUUUCAAGCCUAUCAGGUGAAGCACAAUCAAGCAAUUGCUGAAAUGCUGCGAACUAUGGCACUUCACCAUGGAAUGAACAUGGAUAAUUUUCCUACUUGUCCGUCAUAUAUUCCCCCAAGGGACAAGGCAGUGCUCGACGAUGAUGAUGAUGACGACGACGGUGAUGAUGAUAAUAACGAUGACGAGGAUGAGGAAGAUGAGGAGUGACACACCCUAUUCAGUAAUGCUUCUUUUUUCCAAUACACAUCCCUUGCCUUGAAAGAAAAAAAAUUAGCGUGGAAGAUCCUUUUUGUUAAUUUUGAUUGAUAAAUAGCCUAGAAGAUCUCUUAAGUGUUGCAUCUCAAGGCAAAACUUUCAGUAUCAGUCACAAUGUUAUAGUUGUUGUGAUGACAACAGAAA